AAAAAUUAAACUAAACUUGUAAUUAAGCGUUUGUGGCGUGCAGUAUAAAACGCUGACACCGGUGCGUUUAGCAUGAUUAAAAAAAGAAUCGAGAAUUUAGGGAUUCGUGUUGAGUCUUGCCGCUCUUCCACCUCUCUCACUCUCACCCUACUCAUUUCGCUCUUCACCUUCGUAAAGGGUUAUCCAGUUCGUGAAUAGAUUGUUGCUUGUGUUCUAGAAAAAGAAAUUAUUUUGAAUUGCUUUAAGUGGAAAAAUGGGGGAUAAAGAAAAAGAACCAGUCUUGGAAGAUGAUGCAAUGGGUUCAUGUUCUGCGUGGGGCAAUUUUGAGGACGACGAUGUAAUGCAGCAACAAUGCUCGAUUCAGGAUGAUGAAGCCAAGAAAUUUCCAUAUGUUGGUGACAAGGAACCGCUGUCUAGCUUGGCUGCUGAAUAUCAAUCAGGCAGUCCUAUCUUACUGGAGAAAAUCAAGGUGCUUGAUGAGCAAUAUGCUGCCAUUCGGCGUACUCGGGGAGAUGGAAACUGCUUCUUUCGAGGCUUUAUGUUUUCGUACCUUGAGCAUAUUUUGGAAUCUCAAGACAAUGCAGAAAUUGACCGCGUCAAAGCCAACGUUGAGCGAAGUAGAAAAGCACUUCAGACCUUGGGUUAUGCAGAGUUGACUUUUGAAGAUUUUUUUACGCUAUUCCUUGAGCAGCUGGAAGAUGUUAUUCAAGGGAAAGAGACUUCCAUAAGUCAUGAAGAGCUUGUUCUUAGAAGCCGAGAUCAGUCAGUUUCGGAUUAUGUUGUUAUGUUCUUCAGAUUUGUUACAUCUGCUGAAAUACAAAAGCGCUCAGAAUUUUUCGAACCUUUCAUAAUGGGCUUAACCAAUACAACAGUUGAGCAGUUUUGCAAAUCAGCUGUUGAACCAAUGGGUGAAGAGAGCGACCAUGUGCACAUUACCUCCCUUUCAGAUGCGUUGGGCAUUCCAAUCCGUGUUGUGUACCUUGACCGCAGCUCAUGUGAUACUGGCGGUGUCAGUGUAAAUCAUCAUGAUUUUAUUCCAGUUGCAACUGAUCUCCCAAAUGCUAGUGGCAGCACUGAAAAGAACAAUCCCUUCAUCACAUUACUAUAUCGCCCUGGUCACUAUGAUAUCCUCUACCCAAAGGGAGGAUAACCUAUUGGGGAGACAUUUUAUUUGUUACUUUUUCGUCGUUAUGUGGAGCCGCAAACAACUCUCCGCUGAGCUUGGUUGUUAAGGAGGGCAUACUCUGUAUCUUGUUAAUGUUGAAUGGUCAAUUGUCUAGAAUGUUACACAUAUUUUGAAAGUCUGAUCAACAAAGCUUGCUACAUUAGCACAUUAAUAAUCAAAACUCACCUUCAUUUUAUGCUGUUUUAUUA